UAAUACGACGUCGCCUAUUGCCUUGAUCCUUCCCUCUACAAAAACCCUUACAUUCUGUCUUCUCUCUCAGCCUCGGUUACAGCUUCUCUCUCAAGUCUGAGACUCUGAGAAUUCCUUUGUUCCGAAAACUGUACAAAAAUGGUACGAAAGGAAAUGUCCGUAACCGUACCAAGCUUGUUCCGUUGCCCCAUUUCGUUGGACGUAAUGAAGUCUCCGGUGAGCCUUUGCACGGGCGUCACAUAUGACCGUUCCAGUAUUCAGCACUGGCUUGAAUCAGGACAUGAUACGUGCCCGGCCACGAUGCAAAUCCUGUCCAACAGAGACUUCACUCCCAAUCUUACGCUCCGCCGUCUGAUCAAACUAUGGUCCCGUGAAUUGACGGUUUCGGAGCAGGAGAUUAAGGCUUUGAUUGAGGAGAUUGGAAGCGAAUGCGAGAACGUGAAGAAUUGCGGGGAAUGUUUGGUAAAGAUUUCGGAGUUUGUUCGUGGUAGUGAAGAGAAUCGGAGGUUUUUGAGUAGUUACUGUGGUUUCCUGGAAGCCAUUGUCAGUGUUUUGAAUCGAAAACACGUGGAGAUUUUCGUUUUGGAGUCGGUUGUUAAAGUUUUGAAUUUGAUUUUGAACGAAAAUGGAGUCAAAGAGAAAUUAAAUCGCUUGAUUUUCCAAAGCAAUAGUAAUUGUUUAGCUUCGAUUCUUCAAGUUCUUCAAAAAGGAAACCUAGAUUCAAGAAUCGAAUCAAUCAAAAUCCUGGAUGCAGUUUUACUGGAGAAAGAAUCAAAACGCAGAGUUUUAGAAACAGAGAGCAUCUUCUCCGAACUAAUCGAUCAACUCAGAACGUCAAACGAUCAUGAUAUAAACAACGCGGCAUUAUCAAUCUUAAUCACUCUAUCAGAAACUCGGUCAGUCAAAACUCAACUCAUCCGAUUCGGACUCGUUCAAAUCCUGUCGAAGAUACUCUCCGAUACGACAUCUCGGAUUCUGACGAUCGAAAAAGCGAUCAAGUUGCUGUCUAUAACCACCACGUGCUGCGAGGGGCGGGCGGCAAUUAGCGAAGAAUCGAGAUGCGUGGCUAGAAUCGUGGAGAAAUUAAUGAAGGUGAGCAAAACGGCGAGGGAGGAUGCCGUUGUGGUUAUCUGGAGCAUGUGUUUUAUGUACAAAGACGGGAGAGUAACGGAGGUGGUGGUUAAAAAUGAUGGCGUGACGAAAGUCUUAUUGGUUAUGCAGAGCGAAAACGAAGGGAUUGUUAGGAAAAUGUGCGGGGAUUUGGUUAAAGUUUUGGGGAAGAAGAAUUACGGGUUGGGAAGUUAUGAUACAAAGACAACUCAUAUCAUGCCUUACUGACUCUUUGUUUAACAACAAUUCUCAGUAUCGUGCCCUCUAUCAAUUUUGAACAAAUUGUACAUGAAGAUAAUGAAAAUGAUUUUGAUUUUGUAAUACACAUGGUUAGAAGAAAGGAUAAUUCAAAAAUUCUUUUGUCAA